AUGUCCGCCCUUUGGCUGAGCUCUCCCAGCGACCCCGGCCUCACCACAGUGAAAUGUGAGGAGGACACCUCUUGGAGUGGAGAAGAUCUCCAGUCGGUGGCCCUGCUGGAAGUGAAGAAGUUCUUCUGUUGUCCCGUGUGUGGUAAAAGAUUCGCCCAGAGACACAAUCUGGUGAAACAUCAGCGGAUCCACAGCGGUGAGCGCCCGUACGCCUGCGGCCAAUGUGGGAAGAGCUUCAUACAGAAGCAGCACCUCACCAAGCACCAGCGUCUACACACCGGCGAACGGCCCUACGUGUGCCAAGUGUGCGGCCGCGGCUUCAGCCUGAAACACAACCUGACCACGCACCUGAGGAUUCACACCGGAGAGAAACCGUAUCCGUGUGCCGAAUGCGGCAAGAACUUCAGCCGCCGCCAGACGUUUAUCAAUCACUACAGGAUCCACACCGGACAAAGACCCCACGAAUGUCCUGAGUGCGGACGGAGCUUUGUCCAGAAGCAGCACCUCACCAAACACCUCCGCGUCCACAGCGGAGAACGCCCCUUCGUGUGCGGCCAGUGCGACCGAAGUUUCAGCAUGAAGCACAAUCUCUUCACACACCUGAAGAUACACAGUGGGGAAAAGCCUUUCAGCUGCUCCGAGUGCGGCAAGAACUUCAUCCAGAAGCAGCACCUGACCAAGCACCUGCGGCUGCACAGCGGGGAGCGGCCCUUCAGCUGCCAGCACUGCGGCAAACAGUUCAACAUUAAACAUAACCUGGUGACCCAUCAGAGAACCCACACCGGAGAACGUCCAUUCUCCUGCCUGGACUGUGGUAAGACCUUCAACCGGCAAGGAAUCCUCAACAUGCAUCGUAGAACACAUGAUGGGGAGAGACUGUACGCUUGCCACCAGUGCGGGAAAAGGUUCCUACAGAAGAAGAACUUGACCAAGCAUCAGAGGAGGACCCACACCGGGGAAAAGCCCUUUCUGUGCACGCAGUGUGGAAAGUCCUUCAACCAGAAGCACACGUUGAUCAACCACCUCCGGAUCCAUUCCGGGGAAAGGCCCUACUCCUGCCACUUAUGCAGGAAAAGUUUUAUCCAGAAACAACACCUGACCAAGCAUGUCCGCCUUCACACUGGCGAGAGACCGUAUGCCUGCCACGAGUGUGGGCGGAGCUUCAGUCUGAAACACAAUCUGACCACCCACCAGCGGAUCCACACGGGGGAACGGCCUUACCCCUGCAAUCACUGCGGGAAAAGGUUCAACCGCCGCAGCAUUCUUCUGAGCCAUGAGAGGACUCAUCUUCUGGUCCCACCACCCGCCGGCCGGAGCCGGUGA